UCACAAUUUGCACAUUGCGUAUGUUCUGUCUUUCACGGGCGCACAUGUAUGGCACACCUUUAGAAAAUAUACUAUAUAUAUGUCAUCAGCGCUUAUGUCAUACUUCGGUGGUGUUCAUUCGGUGGAUAUGUGGAUUUACCCUUAAAGGCCGGCGAGCGAAGGCAAAUUUUGAAUAUCCACAGUUCGCGUUCGGUGGUCAGGGCAAUAACCACGAAAAUCGAAGCUCGUCAAUUGCGGCAUUUUUCUCUUUCUCUCUAAUGACGUCUUAGUCAGAGUAAAAGAGAAAGAUCCUCGCAAUUUGCGAAUUUCGGUUUUCGUGGUAGGCCCCCUGGUGUGUGCGCAGCAUUAAUGCGCUAAAACUAAAAUGAUAUGAAUAAUAUUGAUAUUUAUUAAUAAUUACAAUUUGGAACGAACCCUUAUAUUGUUGACGACAGAUUUGACAUUUACUUUGACACCUGUCAUUCAUUGUCACUGUCGUGCUCGUGCUGUUGCACCUAUCACUUACAAAUUAUUUAUAAAAGCUUCAUUUGUCUAUUAAUAAACCUACUCAUUACUUUUAGAACAGUUUCGACAUUACAGAGGCGCUUAAAGGUGCAGUGUUUAUACUACUCCGUCGCGUAAUACGCAUCCCAAAUGCGUACGAAACACAAAUAUUUUCUCUCAAAAUAACAUUGUUUUACUCGAAAAUGUGCAGUAAACAGUUGACUAUAUUGCCUUCAUACGCUCAAAAUAUUAGUGCCGCUUUAGUAUAACACGAUAAAGACGUAGUUAUCGCCAGAUCUAUCUGUGCGUCAUCUACACAUCUAUUCUUUGAUAAGAUUCCAAUCAGUAUUUGUGUUCUAAAUUUUCGGAUAAAAUGUGCUAAUCUAAUGUGUGAAAAGGUGAUAAUGCGGGUUAGCAUGUUGUGAAAACUGUUUGGGAAUAUUGAAAUAACACUUGAACGUUAAUUUAUGUUGUAUUAACAGUUUGUUUUUAAGUAAAUAUGCCUGGGAAAAUCAAAGUGAAGGUGCUAGCCGGGCGGAACUUGCCGGUGAUGGACCGCGCGAGUGAUACGACAGAUGCCUUCGUGGAGAUCAAGUUUGGGGGUGUUACACACAAAACUGAUGUGUGCAGGAAGUCUCUCAACCCACAUUGGAGCAGCACAGAAUGGUAUCGCUUUGAGGUGGACGAAUCAGAGCUGCAAGACGAGCCGCUGCAGCUGCGCCUGAUGGACCACGACACGUACUCUGCCAACGACGCUAUCGGAAAGGUCGUCAUCAGUCUUGCGCCGCUGCUGGCUAGAGUAGCGAACACGAAAGGCGGAGCUGCCGCGCCGCACGGCGGAGCCAUGAUGUCAGGAUGGAUCCCCGUGUUCGACACCAUGCACGGGAUCCGCGGCGAGUUGAACGUCAUCGUCAAGGUGGAGCUGUUCUCAGACUUUAACAAGUACAAGACCUCGAGCUGCGGCGUACAGUUCUUCCACUGUCCGAUGAUACCACCCGGUUAUAAAGUCACCGCUAUACACGGAUUCGUUGAAGAGCUAGUAGUCAAUGAUGACCCCGAGUACCAGUGGAUCGACAAGAUCAGAACACCGAGGGCUUCCAACGAGGCGCGGCAGGUCGCAUUUAUAAAACUGAGUAACCAGGUGCAAAGAUUGGUAGGCCUUAAGGCGGCCGAGUUGGGAGCCAACGCAGUCGUGGGAUACCAGCAAGACUUCGACCUGGAGGGGGAAGCGGGCGUCGUCGCCAGGGCCAUCGGUACUGCAGUCAGCAUCACCGCGUCGCCAACGACCAACCAACUCCCUAGCAUGCCGCCCUGCUCGCAACAACAACUCAAUAAGUACUUGGACAUUUUAGCGACCGAAAACGAAAGUACGACCGAUCUGAACGAAUACUUCCAAAGUCAUCAAGACGAGCUACAGAAAUUACUGUACAUACUCAACCCGAAAACAUCGUCUAUGCUCGACGAAACUGAGAAUGUAGAAGACGAAGAGAAUGAGAAAAGCUUCGAUUUAUCCAGACACACUAGCAUCAAAAGUUACACCGGAAAUUAUUCUAUUUACCAAAAUGAAUAUGGUCCUCAUGAUAGCAUGAGACACUUGUCUGAGGAUCAGACAGAUUUGAACAGGCUUCUGAACCGCAAUGAUGAUUACAAUGAUUCUAUGGGGCCCUUGAAAAAGAUAAAACAGUUUAAAACCAAUAUUUUUAGACUCGGCAGUAUGAAGUCACGAAAAUCUGAUCAAGCCGAUGAUGCAAUAUCUAUAAAGUCUAAUGUUUCCGAUACGUCAAAGAUAUCUUUAUCCGAUAUAAAAAAUGAGUUCAAAAAACUGAAAAUAUUAAAACCGCCCAAAUUGCGGAAAACCUUUGCUAACAAAUCAGAUGAAGGCAUUGGUAUGGCCUCAGUGCUUGCUAGAUCAGUUAUUCACGCUCAUACGAGUCUCGCACGCAUCUCUGAAUCUCAAGAUUCUGACCCAUCUCCGAGCUCGACUCUAAGACGGACCAGUGAAUCUCAGCCUGCUAUUAAUGUAUCCGAUGAAGAACAAGCGAACAGAGAUUCAGAAUCGAAUGAUAAUAAAUCUCUCGGUAGCGAUAAGAUAACAUUACCAGCUAUAAAGUUUUCAUCUAUGAAAAAUGUCUCUACUGACGAGGAAACAGAGCCAACCGAGGGUCGUCAGCGAAAAUUAUCUGAAUCUUGUCCGUCCACUCCGGUAGUUGCUAGAAAAAAUUUCCUUAAGCUUCCUGGAGAUGCCGGUUAUUUUGGCUCAGUUUCGUCUGCCUUAUCUGCAGAUAGCUCAGAAGCAUACUCUAGUUCUGAAGAAGAUGACGAGAGUUCCAUUAAAACGGAUACUGAAAAAACAUAUGAAACUACAAGUUCAGUAGUAAAGUCGGUGCUGAACAACGACGUGAAUCCAGUUUUUAUAGCACAAAUGGAUAAAAAACUAAGUGUGCUGGAAUGUAAUACUCUUGAUCUUCACGAUGACAAAAAUCCGCAAGUUAAAGAGAGCGACACAAGUCCAAAAGUGGCGCCUGAAGCUGAAAAAUAUGAAGAUCGUAACAGCAAUGAUAACGAAACAGAAGUCCUGACCCCGGGACUUAAUUUGCCAGAAGCGUCGACCAGUGUUGAAGAAAUCCACACGGCGUCUGUGAGCGGUCCAUCUUCUCCUAACCAUGGAAAAGACGAUUACCAUCCACAUGAGCACAAAUAUUACAAGAAAAGACCAAGCGUUAAUCCAAGUGGCUUGAUUGCUACUGCAAUGGAGACGAUUUUAAUUGAUAAAGUACAGAAUCUGCUAGUACCGACAUCGCCUAGCCCAGCGCAACAGGACGAAAAGAAGUUCUUUGAUGACGUCAACGAAAAGUUAGAGAAAGUGGAAGAGGCGAGAAACAGAAAGGGCUUAGAAAAUGAAAAUGUAAAAGCAACCGAUACUACAUCUAAAGAUAACGUAGAACAUGUGAAAGAUACAAAGGAAAAUACACCUCAAACUAAUUCUGACGGGAAUAAAGGAGCAGAUGAUUCGAAAUCUAAUCACCAGGAAAUGCCUGCAGAUAUUUCGAAUAAAACUAUCACACAUUCUGAAUCAGAAAAAGUUGAAUUAGGUGACACAAAUCAUAAGAAACUAGUCAGACAAGAUAGUGUACGUUCAAACGGCUCGCAUAAAAUGUCCAACGAAACCGACUUUAACCUCGUUUCAUCCGCUCCACCCGCGCCUAUGUUGCAACACUUUCAUCCCGUCCUUAGCGGCGUGCCCAAGUUAGCGACCAUACCCUCAUUGCCCGAGACUAGUAUAGAUCAAACCGAGAGUAUAGACACCGACGGUACAUGUCUAUGUAAUGAUAAGUGUGAGUGUAGCGACACUAACAAGGCUAGUGUGUGUGAUAACUCGCAUGCAGCGUGCGAUGUUGACAGGGACAGGGAGCGGGAGAGAGAGAGGAACUUUGAGAAGGGUUCGCCUCGGCACGCUCGGCACGAGUCGUACGGCAAUCGGGACGGGAUAAGCUCAGCGCAGGCGCACGCACCCAACUCGUCACUGGAGGCCGCUUCUACGCCGCUAGGGAUUCAUCGUCGAUCGUCGGAUUCCGAUCUUAGUGUUACACCAAAAGGUGGUUCACUAAACGCAUCAGUUGGCAACACGGGCAGCGGCGGUGGCGCCAUCUUGCGGCCGUCGAUGAACAGCAACAACCUCGAGAUGUUAGAGUACCCGUUCCUCACUAUGUCGGAGUAUCCUCCAGGAUUCAUUGUGCACAUCGGCGGCACGGUUUGCGCCCGUUCAGUAAAGCUGAUGGACGGCGGUGGCGAGAGUAGCUCUCGAGCGGCGUGGUGGGCCGAACUGCGGACUGAACUGAGAGCGCAUGCACGUGCGCUGCGAUGUAACGCCGUCAUAGCGUACACCGAAACGGCAGCUAUAUGCGAGGACGUUUGCGUGCUAUCAGCAUCGGGCACGGCCGCAGUGAUCGACCUGGAGUGCGGCUGGGAGCGCCGCGAGGAGGACUCGUGCUCGCUCGCGCACGUGCCGUACUCGCCGGGCGCCGGGCCCUACCGCGCCGAGCUGUCCGUCUGCCAGGGCUGCAGACGCGCCCGCGUGCCAGCGGUCCUCCUCGCCACGUGCGCCAAGCCGGCCAGCCUGGCGGCCUACAGCGCCGCCGUGCCGCUCACGGCCGUGGCGGCCCGGGCGCGCCGCGCGCCGCCGCAGGCCGAGCCCGGCGCCCGCGACAUCUCCGACCAGCUGCCCUUCCUCGAGUACGAGCUGCACAAGCUGCUGCUGGCUAAACUGAGGAUGCAGGGUGCGAACGCUCUGUUCUCAUUGCAAACACAAGUGGCAGUAGGUGAGCGUUGCGUCAUGGCGAUCGCGAGCGGCACGGCCGUGCGGAUCUGCGCGCUGCCGCCGCCCAUGCCGCCGAGGAUUAAGGCAACAGAAAACGACAAAGAAGCGUUAGAAAUUCAGAAGGCGUUAUGGGACGCGUUCACUGCCAAUAAGGCGGCAAACGGAUACGACGUUGUUCUUCCCGAGAUGAGCACGAAUGGCGCCCUUACGGAAGCAGACGGUGAGCGAGGUGACGAGGUGCCAGCGCUCGACCUGUGCGCCGACAAGGACGCCUGCGUGCUGGAACUUGACGAGGCGGAGGAUGUGGAGACCGCCAAGGUGCUGGCUAAGCGUCGCCCUCACAUGCAGGUGUUCACCAACAACUCCAAAGCGCUCCCCGGCGCGCCACCGCAAGCAUUUGCACAAGUGUGGCGAGCUCGUCUUCAGCUGUCGGGGCAGGGCGGAGCCAGCACAGCGGGCGAGCGGCACGUGGCGCGCGCGCUGGACGGCGUGGCCUACAAGCUGCGCCGGCUGCGGCCCUGCGCGCUGCUCGCGCCGCGGAUACAGCUGGAGCUGCCGGAGGAUGAAAUCCAGUUGGUCGUCUCCGGGGCCGCAAUCCGCCUGGUCGACCCGAGCAAGGUGGAGCACAGCGAGAACGGCCAUCCCCCGCACCCCGCCGAGGACGACGAUAUCUUCGCUCUGGACGAGGAACAACUCGUGAAGAGUCAGGAGGAGGAAAAGACCGUCGUUCCGGCAACUGGACAAGUCCCAACGACGGUGUCCCUGACAUCCCUGUGCUACUGCGCCGGCGCGGGCUCGGUGCGGCGCGUGUGCGCGCUGCGGCUGCUGUUCGUGCGCGAGACCACGGCCGUGCGCGAGCUGGGCGGGCUCAGCGGCUUCCUGCACACCUUCACGUGCGAGGUGCUGGCAAUAGCGCGUGCGUACACGGCGGCGUUGGGCGGCAACGCGCUCACUUCGUUCUACAUCACGCAGCUCAUGCUGCAGGACAACGCGCACAAGAAUCAGGGUCAAUGUCUUCUAUCUGUAGGAGGCGACGUGGUGCACAUGACAUAUUAAGGUUUUUUUAUUAAGUCUACAGUCACUAUUGUUCACUUAUCGUUCUCAUCUUACUUUAGAAACGUCCGUAAUGGCUAACUACUACCGAUGUGUAUUGUGUUACCACUAUAAUUUAUAAAUUAAAGAUAAUAUCCAUAUAAUUUUAAAAGAGAUUUUUUUAUCUACUGAUUUUUACUCUUAUAGGUAUGCGAGUUAACUCACCUUUAUAUCUAUUUGCUGUUUCAAAUAAUGUUUUUCAUUUGUUCCGAGUGUAUUUUUAUUAUUUUUAGAAUCUGAAUCUUUAGUAAAGAGAUUAAUUACAUAUAAAAUCAGUGUUUACACUCUCCGAGAAAUUGUUAUAAAAAAAUCACUGAAUCAGUGUCAAGUUGUACAGUUUGCUUGUAAGUUUCUGUAUGACCACGACCAACAUAAUUUUGUCUUCUACUUUUUUAUGAUGUUCCUCAUGCUUUUUACUAAAUCGUUCUAUACAAACACCGCCAAGGUAACCCGUCAAUAUUGUUUAUAGCCGUUAGAUUUGUAGCUGGCCCCGAGCGGCUAAUCCUUUGUCUAUUGUUAAGGGGCUGUCAAUGACCAAUGUCCUUGAAAUCGAUGUUACUUAAACAGUUUUUUAAUAAAGACUAUUUAUUUUAGUAAAGUAAGAAAAAUAUAUGUUAAUGUUCAUUAUUUUUCAAAGACCGAGACCGUACUCGAUUGAUUGAACGAAAUCAGUUCAACAGAAAAUAAUUGCAAAGAUUGGUCUUUAAAUCACCAUUAAACGGUUAUAUGUCUUUAUUGUUUUGACUUAUGGGUCUGCAAUUAAAAUAACAAUUUCAAGACAUUUAUACCUAAACCGUAAAAUAUUACACUAAUAACAUGCGACAGUGCUAUCUCAUUUACUCCGAUACAAAUAGACACUGUGCGCACUGUAGGUAUUGACAGCCUCUUAUAAGAGCCCAUCAACGUGCUCACUAGCGCCACUGGAAAAUAAUUGUGAUUGUUUAAAUUUAAGGAUAGAUAUUAAAAAAAGGGGGCCGCUACGUACUGUAUUUUGUAUUUAAGUACCUUUUGAAUACAUAAAACUAGUUUUUAUGUUGCUCGAUUCGUCGAUGUAUGAACUCACAACAAAAACAGCCGUUUUAACUUUAAACGAUUGAUGAAUCCAGCAACGUAAAAACUAUUAUGAUGUGUUCAAAAGGUACUUAAAAACAAAAUACAGUACGUAGCGACUCCCUUUUUUAAAUACCUAUCGUUAAAUUUAAAUUAUCACAAUUAUUUAGCAGUGGCGCUAGUGAGCACGUGCAAAAAAGGUUCGUAUAAUUCUAAUUGGCACCUGAGCGCGGGCUAGUCCAAGGCUCAAAAUACCAGUGUAGGUGCGCUCUCCAAUAACGCGCCUUUUUUCGCAUCUCGAGACGCAUUUUAGACUGGUUCUGUAGCGUUCGACUCGCCAGUACUCAGUAACCGUAGAGGGACCACACAAUCGCAAAUAGUUUUUCCAUUUGUUCAUUUUGAAUCUUAUUGCAAUUUCCAUAGGAGUUAAUUAAAGUGACCGGACCAUUUUUUAUGGAGGUACGUGCGGUUUUACUUAACAAUAUACAAAGGUUUAGCCGCUGGGGGCCAGCUACAAAUCUAACGACUAUACUUCAAUGAGGCAAUAGAAUAUGGUUUAAUCGGGCCAACGGUGUAUGCACUCGGGACAUAUGUUUAGUAAAUUCUGUCAAUUAGUAGUAAUAGUAAUUAAGAAACUGUAUUAUGUUAUAUUUUAGUACGACUGUAUGUGAAUCGCUGUUGUUUUUAAGAGAUUGAGAGAGACUGCUAAAGUUAUUAUAAAUUUCUUCUUUAGUCGACUUGUGUUUCGUAUAUGUAAAAUAAUUGGUAAUAAGUGAGAAAAAAAUAUUUUCAAUUACGUAUUUCUAUUAAAUUCGAUGAUAUACUAUUAAAAAACAAAUCACCUAUUCAGCAUUGGAAGAACUUGUUAUCGUAGCGUUUUUUUAAACAUUAUUCUAAAUAAUUCAAAUGUAUAUGUGAUUAAUGAGUGUUUUUUAUUUAUUUAUAUGUGAGCUAUCCUAUUAUUGAAAUAUAUUAGUUAGUUAUAAAAUUGUGUAGAGUUUAGAUUAUGUUUAUUGCGUUAUUAUAUAAUGUUAUUUUUGUUUAGUAUUUUCAACCCUAUAUUUUAGUUUAAUGCUUGCCACAGGUUGCCACACUUAUUAGUUGAAAUUACGUGAGCGGUUAUAUAAGGACAGUUUUUUCAUAUAAUUUUAACUGUAGGUACCAAAAAAAUGCAAAAAAUGACAUUUAGGAUAGUUACUAAUAUAUAUAAAAUGUACUUGUAAUAGAAUACUUGUAUUUUCAGAUUCUAUUGAUAUGAAUAUAGCACUUCCAUGAUCUAUUAUCCAGAAUACUACUACUAAUUUUAUUUUAAAUCGAUGUACUACUAGUACGGUUCGUGUCAUCUACGAUGACGCGCAGAUUUGUCAAAUCUAACCUUUAAUAACAUGACAUUAGGAGUCAAGGCAGGCGUCGUCGUGAAUGACACUAUCUUAGUACUACUACUUGUUCUGACGCCAUAAGGCGUAGGUACGUUGAGUUAAUAAUGCUAUUGUUUUUCUUUUUUGUACUUGUCUUUGAAUUUUGGUGCUCUUUGUUGUGUUGUUUUAUUAUACAAGACAAAAGUAGUUCAAAACAUUUGUAUCUAUUGUAAGAUUUUUGCAGUUCAUUUGUACGUAUUGUAAGAUUUUUUAGUUAUUUAAAUAACAAGUAUUUGUAGUCUAUUCAUGAACGUCACACGGCGGCUACAUAAAUAUUAGAAUACAUACAUACCUAUUUCGAUACUGACUCUUAACAUUUAUAGAUUCUGUUUGUAACAUCGCCGUUUUUGUUGAUCCUGGAAUUUGAAUGAAAAUUGUUAUUUACGACACAAGUGCGAAAAAUAGGAAAUUCGUAACAAGUGGCGAUAAAUUAAAACACGACCGAAGGGAGAACGUUUUACAGUACAUAUGACCCUUUAAAUUUUCGACCACCACUUUGAGUUUUCACCAUAUGUACUGUAAAAGUAUUGAAAAAGCGGCAUUUGAACUUCACACAUUAGUCUUAAUUCGACAUCGUUUUGAGAUCAUUCCCGGCGAUAUUGCUUCAUUUAUCAGCGAACGAGUGAGCGAUGUACCUACGCCGCAUGAAUAGCAUAACCUGCUGAGUGAUCUGAUCAAACUGAAGUCAACAUUAGUAAAGUUGUACCUAAUGAUGCUCCUGGACACGAAAAUGCGUAUGUUUUAUUUUUCACUAGGUACAGUCGACGUCAAAGACAUGUUUACACUUUUGCACCUUACUUACUCCUUUGUAAUAACGCGAAAAAUGUAAACAUAUCUUUGACGUCGACGCUACAGGUUAUGGAUCGUGUUAAAUGGCUGACAUCAUGCUGUUAAGUGACAGUUAUUAAGUCAAUGAUAUUAUUCCGUCUUAUUAAAUACUCGUAGCUUACAAAUAGAAACUUACGUUAUUUUGGAUUGCUCUCAAAAUUGAUAGAAAACUAUGAAAGCGAUAGAUUAUUUGUCAGUGGUCAAUAGUAGGUAUGUAAAAAUAUGUUUUCCUUCUCACUGUGUAUAAGUUAGAACUCUUGUGCGUACAUGUACUUAUUUCCGGCCAACAUUGAACUGCUUAGUUGCUUGUUAUUCUAAAAUUUUUCCCUUAUACCUAACAUCAAAAAGAAUUGAUUUUAAUACAGAGGCAAAGUGUAAGAAAAAUCGUGCUCCUUAUUUUGAUAUCCAAAACAGAUGGCGCUGUGCUGCGCCAUAUGUUUUGCGGUCACUGAAUUGUCAAAUGUCAACUUUUGACAAUCAGAGUUACCGCAAAAUGGAUGGAGCUGUACAGCGCCAUCCCGUUUACCUAUCAAAUACGAAGCACGAAAUAGUCCUAAAUUUUACGCAUCUUAAUCAAUGUAUCUUUGUCAAUGUAUCAAUGUAUUCAUACUUUAUUUUCAUUCAAUGUUGAAUAUUAUUUAGGGAUUCGAUUCGAUUCAAAAUAGUGGAGGCAGAUGAAAUGUAAAAUUAAAUUAUCAAUUAUCAAAUCUGAUUGUAUUCUGUCGAAAUAAGGGCCGAGCUCUGGAGGCCUUAAUUUACGUUUGAAUACACUUCCAUGACACUGCCCGACUCUAGUCUUAUUCCACCUCGUUUGGCUGACAAAACAUGUUGAUGUUCAUUAUAAUAUAAGUGUAUUGUUUUGAUUACGGUAUUUGUAUUCUAGGAAAAUACACAAAUUUUACAAUAUAA